AUGGAUGAGUUCCUGUCGCUAUGUGCUGCUGAUGAACAAGAUGCGACUGAUGGAGAAUCGUUUGUUACUGCUUCAUCGGAGAUCACGGUAGAUAGGACAGUUAACUCGACGGAUAUGGACUCAUUCUUGUCGGCAAAGUCUGUUCUGCCCAGUGAAACAGAUGACGACUAUUCGGCUAACAUCUCAAAUGAACCUUCACAUCAUGACCAAACCAUUACUAAUGAUAUAAUCCAGUCACAGAUUGAUGAACUUGACCGUAAGAGGAGAGAGGUGAUUAAUCUAGCACGUGCUACUGUAUUCGGCUCAGGGUCGACGGAGAAUAGGAAGGAUUCGAGGUUAAAAAGUGGUCCAAAGUUGGUCGACCUUGACUUCAGCCAACCCUACAUUAAUUCGGAGCCUGCCACUUCUAAACAAUUCUCUGCGAAUUCAGAUAGUAGCGAUGACGAGAUGAUGGGCAGAAAAAAACCUCUAACUGAAAGCGGUAAACUAUUGAAGAAACAGCUUGCGAAGGUGGAGGAAAUACGCGAGUUCUCGAGGGACGUCCCUGUACCAUCCAUGGUAUUUAUCCCAGAUAGUUGGACGACAGCAGGUGUAGUUGUGAAUCGCGAUGUUCGAAAGAGUGUUAAUGGUAAAGACUAUCUUAUUUGGAAACUGCAUGAUCUUAAAGAUUGUCAAGAUCCACCCGUUACGUUGUUACUAUUUGGUGAAGCGUGUAAAGAAUUCUGGAAACUACAAGUGGGCAUUUGUGUGGCACUUAUGACACCGCAGAUAGCAGAUAACGAUCAAAAUAGUUGUGUUCGUGGAGAAGCGAAAUUCAAGCCACGAAACACACUCAUCACUUUGAAGGUUUUCAAGUCUAUCCAAGUCGUUGAGCUCGGUUUUUCAAGUGAUUUAGGUACCUGCAAGGGAGUCAAGUUGGAUGGACAGAAGUGCAGUAAUUUUGUCAAUAUUUCACUGUCGGAGUUCUGUGUGCAUCAUGUGAUGAAGGAGGCCCGAAAAUUGUCGGCUAAGAGAGGUUAG